AUGCUUCGUCUUUGUUCUCAUAUUCAUAUAUCGUAUGGUCGUUUCAGAGUGUUUUCAUGUAAACACUCUAAAAAGUAUAUCCAUUCUUCUAUUCCUAUUAUAUCUCAAAAGAUAACUUCAUUGUCUAUUAACCAAACAGAGUAUGCUAAGACGUUAGCAGAUUCCUUAAUUCAAGGUAAUCGUUAUAGUUUAGCAAGAGCAAUUACACUUUUGGAAUCUUCUAAAGCUGAACGUCGUGCUGAGGGUCAAUAUAUUCUUGAUGCAGUAAUAAAACAUUUGGCGCACCAAGAACUUAAAACUGGAAAGUUUACAUUCAGAAUUGGUCUCUCUGGCCCACCAGGUGCUGGGAAAAGUACAUUUAUUGAAGCAUUUGGUGGUCGCCUUACAGGUAGUAAACCAUGGAAUCCUGUAAUUAAUACUUCUUAUAAAUCUUAUGGUAAACAGCGGUUGACACUAGACGAAGAACAUUUCAAUCAAGAAAUCAGAAAACUUCAUCGUGUAGCUGUCUUAGCAAUAGAUCCUUCUUCACAUACAACUGGUGGUAGUCUCUUGGCCGAUAAAACUCGAAUGCCUGAAUUAUCCAGUAAUAUGAAUGCCUACAUACGACCAUCCCCUAGUGGUGGAAAUUUAGGUGGUGUUGCUCGUGCAACUAGUGAAUCCAUCCUACUAUGUGAAGCUGCAGGAUUUGAAACUGUCCUCGUAGAAACUGUUGGUGUUGGACAGUUAGAGUUCGCUGCUGCAGAUAUGGUUGAUAUGUUUGUUUUGAUUAUUCCUCCUGCUGGAGGUGAUGAAUUACAAGGCAUAAAACGAGGGAUUGUUGAAGUUGCUGAUCUGGUUCUAGUGAAUAAAGCAGAUGGUGAACUAUUGCAUCAAGCUCGUCUUAUUGCUAAAGAAUAUUCGAACGCUCUCAAAUAUAUGCGUUGUCGAAGACCUAAUUGGAUUCCGAAAGUACAACUUGUAUCCAGUCUAACAGGUGAUGGACUUAUUGAAUUUUGGUCUACAGCUUUUAAAUUUCACCAAUCACUAAUUAAAUCAGGUGAAUUACAGAGAAUACGAAAAGAACAAUUGAGAAUAUGGAUGUGGACAUUUGUUAAAGAGGAGAUUUGGCGUAGAUUUAAAAACAGUCCACUUAUUCUAGAGAAACAAAAAGAAAUCGAAACAUUACUAUUCAACCGAGAAAUCGCUCCUGGUAUAGCCGCUGAAUUAUUACUUGAUAUUGAUCAUAGAAAAUCAUAA